UCGGCCCACAUAGACCGUGCCGUCUCUCGUUUGGGCCGCGAGGCAGUCUGAACGGCACCGCAUCACCACCAGCCGCGGCCGCCGUCGCCACCGCGCACCGCCGCCUGCCUCGCCGAUGGCCGCCGCGCCAUCGAGAUGUCUCCUCGUCACCGGCCCACCGGGCGUGGGGAAGACGACGCUGGUCAUGCGGGUGCUCGAAACCCUCAGGUCGUCCCACCUGCACCUCGCCGUCCGCGGCUUCUACACCCGGGAGGUGAGGGAGAAUGGGGAGCGGGUCGGGUUCGAGGUCGUGACGCUUGACGGGCGAAGCGGACCGCUUGCAUCCUCCAGGAUUAGAAGCCCUGAGUCUGUUAGAUGGCCUACUGUUGGGAAGUACAAAGUAGAUGUAGCAUCUUUGGAAUCGCUAGCAUUGCCUGAGUUGCAGGUCAAAGAAGACACAGAUCUCUUCAUCAUUGAUGAAGUGGGUAAAAUGGAGUUGUUCAGUCCAGCAUUUUUCCCUGCUGUGAUGAGAGUUAUGGAGUCCAACAUCCCUGUGCUGGCCACCAUACCACUACCAAGAUAUGGCAGAGACAUUCCUGGAGUCGCAAGGUUGAGGAAUCAUCCUGGAGCAGAUGUUUUCACCUUAAAUACUGGCAACAGGGAUACCAUGAGAGAGAGUAUCUACAAUCAGUUGAGCAGAUUGAUGCAGAAGAGGUGAAUACCUGAAUUAGGAGCAGAUUGGAGAAGUUUAUUACCUCAAAUGCUGGUAACAGGAUACCAAGAGAGAGUGUAUGUACAAGUCAGUUGAGCAGAUUGAUGCAGAAGAGGUGACAUGCUACCCUUUUAUUGUGAUGAUUUUGUUAGUCUUGGGUAAUGCAGAAAAUUACAUCUUCCUUUGAGCAAAAGAGGUGGAACAUUAGAGAUUUUACUUCAGUAAUAGCCCACCAUUAGCUUGUAACAUACAGCCUGGUUGUGUCUUCAAGUGGUGUACCUGCAUGGCUGAGUCAUCUUUUGUAUGUUCACUGACUAUGGGUAGACCACUCGGCAAGUUAUUUUCGUGUACGUUACUGAUUAAUCUGAAUAUAUAAUAAGCAUUUCAAUUUU